UACAAAUAAGCUAAUAAGAAGUAAAGAAAAAUUCCACGUGGUGUUGGUAAGUCCCUGUGGAUUCCACUUCGUAUGAAACGAAGGUCUGAACAGGCAGGGAAAGGAAAAACAGAGAAAAUCCUCAUGCAUAUCGCCUUAAGAGAUAAGGGUCUGAAUAGACAAGGUGCAUAGAGAAAAUCUCUGGAUACCGCUUCGUAUGAAAUGAAGGUCUGAACGGGCAGGGAAAGGAAAAUAGAGAAAAUCCUCGUGGAUACCGCCUUAAGAGAUAAGGGUCUGAAUAGACGAGGUGCAAAGAGAAAGUUCUGUGGAUACCGCUCUGAAUAGAGGUCUGUACCGGCAGAACAGAAUAGGAAACAAGGACAGUCCAAUAUAUCGUUUAAAGCACUGGUAGGUAGAGGAUAGACUAGGCAUAAAAUUAGAGUAAAUAAUAUUAUCCUGUAAACGAACUGUGAAUCUCUGAAAUACCUUAAAAAGAGAGAACAACAUGACAGGUAAAGGAACGGCAGUAGAGAUUCUGAGCAGAAAAAUCCUGGUAAGUAAAUGUGAGAUUGUGGCGACCCAUUUCCUGGCACAUCCGAACCGGCUCACAAUUAGCCAGCUUUCCGGCUAAGGGAGAUAGCCUACGGGGGUUUGCGAGCACAGAGCUUUGGAGCCUCUGCGCCAAGGGGGGGCAGGUUGAGGGAGGCUUAAAAGUGAGGCUGAGGAUUUCGAAUAAAGUUUUUCCUUCAACUGCAGUUACCGACUCCGUGUCGUAAUUUUAGCGCUGCAUGUAGCACACCGCUACAAGAUCACAAAAACUUAAGAAAAAUGGGAAAAGAGAACCAAAAACCUGGUCACAAAAUGGCCAAGAGAAGGAACGUUUGAUGUAAGCUUGUGCGAAGAAAUGGAGGCACUAAUUAAAAAUUGCAAACCAAAAGAUAAAUCUAAGAAAAGAGGGCAAAAAAGAGAACGAGAAAUGGAAGUGCUAAAGCUCUUCAGAACGGAGGGAGAAAGGCUGAGGAGGACAGGUAGAAUAUUGAUUACAAGCGAGGAAGACACUAAGGUGCUGGAGAAACAGCCUGUUAGAGAGAGAGGAAGGUACAGUGAGAAGCUGGCUUCAGCUCCGUACCCGGAUGUGAAAGAAACAGUAAAGCCCCCUCCCUAUAAUGAGGAAGGAACCCCUAAGCAGUGCCCCCUGCUGACGGGAACAGUAAACGUGCAGGGAGAAGUACAAGCUUGGGAUAAUGAGGAGGAAAAAAGACAAUACGAGAAGGAAAAAGCAGCGAUAUGGAAGGAGAUACAGGCAGAAAGGAUAAAGGGGGAACAGGCAAAGAGAGAAAUGAAAGAAGAGAUUGAACGGAUGAAAUACUUGAGAGAGGAAAAGGAGUAUGAGGAGUAUCAGUUAUACCAUAGAAAUAAACAGACUAGAAAAGAAAGUGGCUCAUCAGAGCAGGAAGAGAUGAGGCAUUCAAGAGGAAGUGGAAAAAAGAUAAAAGAUGAGAGUCUUGGAGAAACACGAGAGAAGGGAAUUAAGCACGAGUAAGGAUCAUGAGGAGUCCCUGCCACAGGUGUACAGACACAGACAGGAAGAAAGAGAAGGUGACUCAUUGGAGGAGCAAGAGUUAAGUGGGGAGAGAGAGGAUGUGAGAAUUUGUGGGGAAGAGGUAGGAGGCAGAAGCCUAGAAGAGCAGAAGGAGGUGGUAGGGAAGCGACUUGAGGAAAUAGAGAGAGAGCUAGAUAAGUUACUGAGAGGGGAUUGCCAGAGAAGAUGCGAAAAAUACUCCAGGGGCCAACCAAGUAUGAAUCAAGACAGAAAGGAAGGACUCCACAGGGAGACCGAGGGAAGAAGAGGACCCUGGAGACAUUUGUGUGGGAGGCAGUAAAGACAUACCCUGAGACAGAUGGAGAGUCGGGCAAGGAGGAGAGCUAUGGGCAGAGGGGAUCAGUGAGGAAACAGGGGGAAAGAGAGGUAGAGAGAUUGUGCUAGGGAUGUAAUCAGCCAGGUCACAUGAGAAGAGAUAGUCCGUUUACACCAUGGCCUGUCACACACCAGCAGGAACCGAUAAGAAGGGAACUAAAGUUUAGCCAAGGACCAGCCCCCACAGGCCCAAGUGGACCUGUGAACCCCUAUGUGAGGUAUUAGGGGUGCCGCGAGAACUCGAGUGGGAAGGGACAUUACCCAAUGAUAACAAGGGAGGCAGACGAGGAACCCAUUGUUCAGGUUAUGUUAGAAGGGCAACUGACACCAAUGAUGAUAGAUACUGGAGCCACUUACACUUGUGUACAGCCACAGUAUGCCCUUCACCUUCCCAUGUCAGGAAAGUUUAUUAAGACAGUAGGGUUCUCGGGGAAAACACAGUUGACACAGUGCAUGGCUCCAGUGCAGUUGAGAAUGGGAAAUAAAAGAAUUGUUUUGCCGGUGCUAGUAUUUAAAGGAACUCCGAUUAACUUGUUAGGCAGAGAUGCCUUAUUGAAACUGGAAUUAAAAUUAUAAUGCACCAGAAAUGGGCUGAGUGUGGAAAGAGCAGGGGCUCAAUUGAUAAUGAGAGAAGACAAGAAGGCUUAUGUCUUUUGGCUAGGAGACAUCGCAGAUCAGAUGCAGGAAACCUGGGAAAAAUGUAAAAAGGGCGUGCAGGCUAUAUUUCCCAGGGCUGUAAUGCCCAAAUCUGAGCUGCACUGUACAGUGAUUUUUGACGAGAUUCAGAACAGGGAGUUAGAGAAGAGAUGGCACCUGGAGGCAUGUACCCAACAGCACCUGGAAGGGGAGGCUGUGAUAAUUGGAAAGCAAGGGGCAGCCUUACAAGUUAAGUGGAACACCUUUUUAGAAAAAUGGUACAGGAUACCGGAGGCUGCGCCCCACAUAACGUUGUUGGUAAACAAGGGAUGUCAGUCUAAAGACUUAGGACCCUUAGUUAAGAGUGCUGAAACCAUAACAAUGUGGAGGAAAAUCAUGCCAGAGGUGUGGCUAUCAGAAGACAACAAUUGCAUUAAAAUAAUGGUAAGUGUAGAUAUGGUAGGGACAGUGAGAGAGGUCAAAAUAACUCCCCAACCACACAUGCCAUUGCUGGGAAAAGAAAGAGGCCAGCAGAAAGAUAGAAGGUUAGAUGAAUUGCCAUCUAUUCUGUGGUCACAGCAUGACACGGACGUAGGGAAAAUAAAAACAGCUAGUCCGGUGGAAAUAAGGCUGAAAAGGGGAGCAAUUCCACCCAGGAGACCACAAUACCCUCUAAGACCAGAAGCAGAAGAGGGAAUAGCAUCGACAGUGCAGGGGUUGCUUGAAAUAGGAGUGCUUAAAAGAACAAACAGUCCAUGCAAUACCCCGUUGCUGCCGGUCUUAAAAGCAGAUAAAUCUAAGUGGAGAUUGGUGCAUGAUUUGCGAGCGGUAAAUGAUGUGGUAGAGGACUGGCCAGCGGUUGUCCCCAACCCAUCCACGCUUUUGACUAAUGUUCCACCAGGAGCAAGUUACAUUUCAGUCAUUGAUUUGUGUUCGGCUUUCUUCAGCAUUCCUCUCGCCCGGGGGUCGGCAACCCGCAGCUCCGGAGCCGCAUGUGACUCUUUCAUCUCUGCGCUGCGGCUCCCUGUGGCUUUGGAAAAUAAAUGGUUGACAGCUGGCUGACGUUAUUUUUGGUUUGCUGCUGGCGGACAAUUUACGUUUGGCGUUUUUCAUAAAUACAAGAAGGACUCAAAUAGACAUUGAGUAUUUUACUUAAAAGUAACCUUCAACCCAACGUCUUUUUUUCGGAGUUCAAAAUGUUUUUGUUGCAUGCAGAAAUGUAAUUUCGUUUUCUCUGCAGGAGUUCAUCGAUUUCAUAAAUGCAACACAUUAUAGUUUGUUUAUACAUAGCAUAAAGGCAAAAAAACGUUGUAUGCAGUGUUAUUUCAUUUUAAAUGUCAAACGGGUUUUGUGGCACCCAGUGUUUUCUUUUCUGUGGGAAACGGGUCCAAAUGGCUCUUUCAGUGGUAAAGGUUGCUGACCCCUGCUCUAGCCAACCAGUGUCAGUAUCUGUUUGCAUUUACUUACAGAGGUGCUCAGUAUACCUAUACCAGAAUGCUGCAAGGAUUUAAACAUUCACCACACGUUUUUAAUCAGGUGUUGAAGGCAGACCUAGAGGACAUACCAUUGGAAAGUACAUUGUUACAGUAUGUGGAUGACCUGUUGAUUUGCUCCCACAAUAAGGAACAGUGUGAGCAGGACACUAUAACUCUGAUAGAGAAGCUGGCGCACGGAGGACAUAAAGUAUCCAAAAAGAAACUGUAAUUUUGCAAGCAGCAAGUGGAAUACUUAGGCAGGGUAAUAUCCAAGGGAGUGAAGGAGAUAGCACCAGAUCAGAUCAGAUCAGACUAAGGCCCAAAACCCCAGAAUGUAGGGGAGAUGAUGACGUUUUUGGGAAUGGCAGGGUACAGCUCAGAUUGGAUAAGAGAAUAUGCUGAGAUUGUGGCACCUUUGAGAAAGAUAAUGAAAGAAGCAGGACAUACAAAUUUGAAGAACGGCUUACAGGGGAAUGGAGAGGCAGAGAUAGCUUUCAGCAACAAUUGCAGUCAGCAACAGCAUUAGCUUUGCCUGACUACGAGAAGGUUUUUCAUUUGUAUGUAUCCAACACACAGGAGGGUUAUGUCACAGCGGUUCUAACACAAGAGACAGGCACAGGAAAAGCAAAGCAGCCGAUAGCAUACUACAGUAUGAGACUAGAUGAGGUGGCUCAGGGGUAUCAGGGAUUGGCGGCGCUGUACUUUGCAUAUGAAAAGGCAUCAUCUGUAACCCUGGGCUAUCCUGUGACUCUGCACACACACCACAAAGUAGCAGAAUUGCUGGAAAGAAGGAAAUUUGUGCUGACGCCAGUCAGGAUAGCAGCGUAUCAGAUGCUAUUGACAUUUCCAGACAUAACUAUACAGAGAUGCACUACUAAUCAUGUCCCUUUGGGCUAUGAUUGUGUAGGGAAGACGAUGACAUUUGCCAAAUUGAGAGCAGAUUUAUGGUCAGAACCACUAGAGGAUGCAGAUAAAAAGGUUCUGUUCGUAGAUAGCUCUUGUUAGUAGGGAUUAUGAUGGAAAUCAUGCAAGGUUCUCAGUAGUGCAACAGGAUCAGUCGAGCUAUAAGAUUAUUAGGAUGGAGUCCUGUCCCCAACCGUGUUCUGCCCAACUAGCGGAAAUCAAAGCCCUGAUAGCUGUGUGUGGAAAAGAUGGAAGGUGAGAAAGUAGGCAUCUAUACUGAUUCGGCAUAUGCUCAUGGAGUAUGCCAUUUGUUCGGGGCAGUGUGGAAACAGAGGUUUUAAAAAAAGCAGUGGAGAUCCCAUACAACAUUGUCAGCAAAUUCUAGACUUAAUAAAAGCCAUAAUGAAACCUAAAGCAUUAGCUAUAGUAAAAUGCCAGGCAUAUAAAAAGGGAAAUGAUGUAAUAACAAAGGGAAAUCAAGCUGCGGACGAGGCAGCCAGGAAAACGUCUGGGUGUACAUCAGCUGUCAUUGCCCCCCAGGUAAGCCUAGCUCCAGAACCUGUGGUAGAGGACCUAAUUGAAAUACAAGGUAAGGCAACUUUGGCAGAACAGUCAAUGUGGAGAUGACGGGGGGCCAAGCAGAACCCGGAAGGCUUGUGGAGCAUGGAAGAUGGUUUGUUGGUGGCGCCCACCCCUCUACUGACGAUUCUGAUUUCAGAAGCACAUGGGAUUGACCAUUGUGCAAGGGGGGAAGUGAUAAAGAAAAUAAAGGAUGGUUUUUGGUCACCUUAUUUACAGGCUUCAGUGGACUUUGUCUUGUCACAGUGCGAGGUAUGCGCACAGAAUGCAGGGUUCGGACAUCAGUUAUUUGACUGGUUAGAAAGUAGACUCGGAGGAUGUGGAGCAUGGCUGACUAAAAUGGCAAUAACUGUCAGUAUUGUAUUGAUGAGCUGUGCGCUUGUGCUGUGCUGUUUUCUUCCUUGUCUCAAGUCUCUUGUAGUGCGUGCUGCAACCAAACAAUUUCCGAUGCUCGUGGCAAUUACUGAAGCAAGCUUACCUGGAGAAAGAAACACUGAAAAUGUAUCGUUACAGCCUACAACACCUGCAGGAUGAAAAAGAGCAAAACGACAGUGUGGGAGUAGAUUGUAAGGGCUUCUGAGUUUUUUUCCCUGUGUUACAAAUGUGCCACAACUCUGAGGGGCCGAAGGGUACGGGGUGGCCCCCUCCUUUUUGAGUAUCGCAAGAUCACUAUUAAGUCAGUUCAGGAGACCCAGGAAAUGAGAGAAAGACAUGCAGAAUCCACAAAGAGUUUGGAAUGUGUCCUGGCCCCUGAAAGGCAGAACCAUUCAUACCGGCUAUUGUCUCUUGGAGAGGGAAUUGUUUAUUGAAUCCUGUACGAUGCAUCGAAGCCCCCAGGCAAUGAACCGGGGGGGGGGGGGGGGGGGGGGUUGGUGGAGGGAUUGCAUCAUCCCAACCUGAUUGACAGCUGUGACCCUGUGAGUCAGGAUAAAAGAGGGUCUGGGGAACAGCCCCUCAAGACGCACCAGAAGAAACGCUAGAACUCCUGUAACAGCAUAAUAACGAAAGCCGGUGGAAACAGCCCACGUGCGGCCCUUUCCAUUUGCCUCGGAAUUGGUGGGUCUUGCCACAGAAGCACUGCUUUAGCUAACCACAAAGGGGAAACCAGUCCCCCAAUGACUCUCGAAGGAUUGACAUCAUAAAAGAAAUGGGCAAGUUAAACCUCCGUCUUUCUCUCCAACCAAUGAAGGCUGCAGCCUACAGCUUGAAUGAACUAAAGUGACUUUUAUAUUUCCAUCGGACAAUACAUUAACCCCCUAGACAACGAUAGAGCUAUUUCUUAUUGAGUAUUUAUUAUACCUGCGCUUUUAGAUUUAGUAUUGAUGACGUAAAUUUAUCUUUAUGUUUGCAUUGAUAUUAUUUUUGUGUAUUUUUAUCAAUAAAUACUGUUAAAAAUAGUACCAUCAGACUUCAACAGACCUCUCUAUCUUUGCUGGUAAGUGACCCAGUUACGGAGUACGUAACGCCUGUCUCGGGUACAAAGGGACAGGUUUUUGGCUUAGCGGCCCAAGGUAACAGGGAGAGAAUACUUUGAGGUCUUGGCACAGAAAAUUAUAGUUUAACCGGAAAUUUGGGAAUAAGUGCUUGAGUUUAUUGGGGCUUUUGUGCGCGGACUCUUAGUCUUCUUUCUCUGUGUGAGACCACAAAGGGGGGAUAUAUUGGAGUAUAAAAGUUGCAUUGUUUGCUGUGUAAUGAAAACUAUGUAGUCAGCUUUGAGCUUGCUAUUUGCUAUGCAUUUAUCCAAUUUAGUAGGAGAAUGAAAUCUUAAGAAUGUAGAAGAUAAUGGUGUGUUAAUGAGAGGUAGCUAAGAGAUGUAGAUUAGAACAUGAUUAAGUCAAUGUGUAGAAACAAUAGUGGCGGAUGUACUCCUGAUACGCAACUGUAGACCAAUUGGAUAUGCUAAUGCAACUAAACCAGGAGAUUGCCAUAAAAAAUGCUAUGUACAAGGUGGGCAAUCAGCGACUAGCUCAAUGACUGUCUCAGCUUUGAUUUGCAAAUUAAAG